UGUUUUAUUGGUUUGAACAAAUCUUGUCCUAGAAUAACCCGACCUGUACUUACCGAUAUAUCUAUGUACACUGUCAUUUAUGGAGCUAUUAUUCUUACAAUUGUGGGAAAUCUCAUGGUGAUCAUUUCAGUUUCUCACUUCCGGCAACUUCACACACCAACCAACUUUCUCAUUUUGUCAUUGGCCACCACAGAUUUCCUCCUUGGACUCACGGUUUUGCCAUACAGUAUGGUGAGGACCAUCACUGCAUGCUGGUACUUUGGAGAUCUGUUUUGUAGACUACACAGCUGUAUUGACAUGACAUUGUGCACUACCUCUAUAUUUCACCUAUUCUUUAUAGCUGUUGACCGUUACUAUGCAAUAUGUCAUCCUCUUCAUUACAGCAGGAAAAUAACAAUUCCAGUCAUAGAGGUUUAUAUAUUUGUCAGCUGGUCUCUUCCAUGUCUAUAUUCAUUUGGCCUUGUUCUUUCAAAUGUAAACGCAGCAGGUUUAGAGAAGCAGGAGACACUUGUACCGUGUGUGGGGUCUUGUUCUCUUGAGUUCAACAAAAUUUGGGGCAUAAUCUCUGCAAUGUUAUCUUUUUUUAUUCCAGGGACCCUUAUGAUUGGAUUGUACAUGCACAUUUUUUCUGUUGCAAAGAAACAAGCCAAAAUUAUAAAUAUUAUUCCCAAUUCUAUAAAUCAGCUAAAAAACCGUAAAAGGAAAAUAUUUGCAAAUGCUGAAAACAAAGCAGCUAGAACACUGAGUAUGGUUAUGGGAAUGUUCAUUCUUUGCUGGUUGCCAUUUUUUACUCUUACUGUAACUGAUCCAUAUCUCACUUUUUCAAUAUCUGAUGAUAUAUACAAUACAGUUCUAUGGCUUGGUUAUUUCAAUUCUGCAUUUAAUCCUAUUAUAUAUGGCUUAUUUUACCCUUGGUUCCAAAAAUCUUUUCUUUUAAUAUUUACUGGUAAAAUAUUACAGCUAGGUUCUGCUUCUUUUAAAAUUCUAAAUAACAUGAAUUAA